GUUCUGCACUGCUCAAGCUACAGGUGGAUUAUAAAAAAAUGGAAAAGCCCUGUGACAAACUGACAUUCCGCCAAUCGUGCCGCUGUACUUGCCAAAUCUGGAUUCUUUUAUUAACUUCACUUCGAUCCUCACCAUAUUUUUCUUCAGAAGUGAUUUCUGCGUUUCCGGUGGAGUUGAAUCCUGGUGUUGGUGGAAUUCAAGAUGAAUGGACUUAAGGAAGGGAGUUUACCUGAGGAUUUGAUAAAACUACUAUCAUCCCUCGCUUCAAGCUGGGGAGAUGUUUUCGACGUAAAAAGCUUGAAGGUUAUCCACUUAAGUGGAGCGAUGACUAAUCUGGUCUACAGAAUAAGCUGGCCUACAAAGACGGAAAAUGUUUCCAGGAAGGUUUUGGUUCGGGUUUAUGGUGAAGGAGUUGAACUUCUGUUUAGCAGGACUGAUGAAAUUCUGACUUUUGAAUAUGUCUCUAAGCAAGGCUUUGGGCCCCGCCUUCUUGGACAAUUCCCUUGGGGACGCGUGGAAGAGUUUAUCGAUGUCAGGACACUUUCAGCCAGUGACCUCAGAGAUCCAAAUAUCUCUUCUUUAAUAGCAGUUAAAUUGAGAGAGUUUCAUAACAUUGGGAUGCCUUGUAAGAAGAAUGUUGUUCUCUGGGAUAGAUUGAGGGAUUGGCUAGGUAAGGCCAAGGGUUUAUGCUCCCAAGAAGACAGAAAUGAAUUUAAGCUUGAUGAUUGUGAAAAGGAAAUUCUCACAUUAGAGAAGGAGCUAUCAAGGAAUUCUCCAGAGAUAGGCUUCUGUCACAAUGACCUGCAAUAUGGAAACAUGAUGUUUGAUGACAGGACAAGAUCCAUUACCAUAAUUGAUUAUGAGUAUUCUAGUUACAAUCCAAUUGCCUAUGACUUUGCAAACCACUUCUGUGAAAUGGCAGCAGAUUAUCACACAGACACUCCACAUGUUCUGGACUAUACAAAGUAUCCUGGUGUAGAGGAGCGCCAUGGAUUUAUACACUCAUAUCUGAAUUCAUCAGGCUGCUACCAAGGAAGCAUCGACUCUGAUGUGAAACAGCUAGUUGAUGAUGCAGAAAGAUACACUCUUCCUAAUCAUUUGUUCUGGGGGCUAUGGGGAAUUAUCUCGGUCUGCCUGUGUUUUCCAUAAUUUCAUCUCUCAUUUUAUUAUACUCAAAUUUAAAUUUUAAAACAUGUGGGGCUAUCAACUGCCCUUGAUGAGCUUUUUUUUGGUUCGCAGGGGUAUGUGAACAAUAUUGACUUUGAUUACAAGGAGUAUGCUAGGCAAAGGUUUCAUCAAUAUUGGCUAAGGAAACCUGAUUUGAUCUUCACUUAAAAAAGACUGUAGUCUGUACAUUGCUUAGUACAAGGUAGGGUCAUAUGCUAUGUUGUGAUUGUCUUUCUUUGUUUGUGUCAUUAUUAUACGUAGUAGCAGAUAUUUUUUAUUUUUACAGGGCUUUCUUUUAAAACUAUACUCUCAUACGAUAAGGCUGGUUUGGUUUAUUUGAUAACCUCGACCAUAUAUUGUGAUUUGUGAUACGACUUUAUUUGCUUAGUUCCACUCGGAAAUUGUAUAUUAUGUUUUGAAUUUGCCUAUAUUAUGCG